AUGGCCGGGAUCGUUUCCAUGGCGAUCCAGCAGCUCGCCCCGAUCCUCGUCGACGAGCUGAAGCAGCGCGCCAGGCUCGUCAUAGGCGCGGAGGGAGAUGUCAAGAAGCUAACCAACACGUUGACCGCCAUACAGGCCCUGCUCGCCGACGCUGAGCAGAAGCAGCUGACCCAGGAAACAGUCAAGCUCUGGAUCCACAACCUCAAGGACGCCUCCUACGACAUGGUCGACGUCCUCGACGAGUGGCGCACCGCCAUUCUCCGCCGCCAGCUCCAAGAGGCCACAGAGGAGUCAAAUGUCGAUCCCAACUGGUUCGAGACCGCACUGUAUCAGAUCUCCAGCUUCCAAAUCAGAGUAUGCCCCUUCUUCAAUCCCGCUUCCUGUUGCUUCUUCCCCGUGAAUGAUAUCUGCUUGCGGUACGAUAUCGCUAGCAGAAUUAAGCGAAUUAGGGAGAGGAUUGAUGAUAUCUCGAAUGAUAAGGAGACCUUCACUUUCGAAAUUAGCAGUGAGGUUGCUAGCGGUAGUAGUAGUGCUGAUGCUCCGUCGAGAGAGUUGACUAGCUCUCUAAUGGAUACGGUGAUGGAAGGGAGAGACGCGGAGUUGGAUCAGCUGCUCGAAGCCGUGCUGCUGGGUGACCAGACGACGGAUGAUGAUGGUGAUGAUAAUCGGAGAAAUCUGCAGGUGGUUUCCUUGAUUGGAAUGGGGGGUUUGGGGAAGACGACCCUCGCGAAAUCGGUGUAUGGCGAGGUGAAGAGCUAUUUUGAUAGAAGCAUCUGGUUGUGUGUUUCCCAGCCUUUUGAUCGGCUGCGUAUUGCAAAGGAGAUCCUGGUGUCUUUGUCUGAUGAUGGCAGUGUCGAUCCGUACCAUAACGAUCUGUCGUUCGGUCAGGUGUUGGAGAGGAUACACGGUCGUCUUGCUGCGGGGAUGAUCAAGCUGUUCCUGGUGCUGGAUGAUUGUUGGGAGGAAGAUCCAGAGAAGUGGCAGGAGCUACUGAUGGGAGCCUUGAGCGGUGCGCGGUAUGGAAGUCGAGUUCUGGUUACUACGCGGAAUCAGAAUGUUGCCAAUGCUCUUGGUUGCGGUGUAGGAGGGGAACCUCGCGUGAUCCGGCUAGGAGUGCUGUCGGAUGAGGCGUGCUUCGCGAUUUUCAGUCGGUUUGCGUUCAUGGGAUGGGGUGAGAGGGAUGUGGAGAUGGUGAAGGACAUUGGGGUAGAAGUAGUGAGGCAGAAAUGUUGCGGCAUUCCUCUUUCUGCUAAAGCGUUGGGAGGUCUGCUGAGGUCGAAGAAGGGCGGUAGAAUGCAGUGGCAGAAUGUGUUGGAUAGCAAAGUGUGGGAACUGAAGCUGAGCAAGGAAAAGGAUCUGUUUGCUCCUCUGUGGUUGAGCUAUUACGAUCUCACACCACAACUGAGACAAUGUUUCUCCUACUGUUCAGUUUUCCCCAAGAACUUCGUGAUCGAGAAGGACAAGUUGAUCAAGUUGUGGAUGGCUCAAGGUUACCUCGUCGUGCCAGGCUGCAGCACUAGCAGCAACGACACAGAUGAAUUGGAACGAACUGGAGAACAGUACUUCGAGAGCUUAGUCAUACGCUCCUUCUUCCAAGAUUUUCAGACAGUGAGAGAUCAAUGUGGCAGCCGGGUGGGGUUCAAGAUGCACGAUUUGGUACAUGAUUUCGCACAGUUCGCCUCGAGCAACGAAUGUUACAGCAUGGGAACCGAUCAAAUUGAUGGUUCAAACUUGACCGAGGUGAAGGUGCGACAUCUAUCAGCAGUAUAUGGCCUGCCAUUCGAAUCGAUUUGCUCGAUGCGAGGUCUGCGCAGCCUUCUGUUUCUUCCACGCUGGGGCUACGUCUUUGAAGACAUGGACACCGAGUUGUUGUCUCGACUGACUUCUCUAAGAUUGCUGGAUCUCCGCGAUUGCUGGAUCGAAGAGCUUCCAUCCGGAAUACACAAGCUGAUCCACUUGAGGAUGUUGGACUUGUCCUACAAUGACUUCCUGAGAGAGCUCCCCGACGCAUUGUCCGACCUCUACAACCUGCAAACUCUGGACGUGAACUUCUGCACAAGCCUGGAAAGGUGGCCGAACGGGAUGGAGAAGCUAGUCAACUUGACGCACCUAUCGAACUCCCAAGUCUGGGGGCUGAUACCUAAAGGGAUCGGGAAACUGCAAGGCCUGAAGACGCUGCUCGAGUUGAGAUUGGGGCGCGACAAUCAUCGUGAGAAUGGUACAGAGUCAUCAGCAGCUUCUCUCAAGGAUUUACGACAGCUGAACCGGCUUCAAGACAGCCUGACCAUAAUCUGGCUGGGAGGAUCGUCAGAACAUGUUGAGGAAGCUGAGCAUGCUGAACUGGACAAGAAAACUAAACUAACCGUUCUCUCGCUCCGAUUUAGUGUCGAUAAAGAAGAGCGAAACGAUGGUGAUCAGCAGCAGAGAAGGGAGGCAGAGGAUGAGAAGGUGAUCGAAGCGUUACGACCACCACCGAAUUUGGACUACUUAGGGGUGGAGUUCUACCAAGGUUCUGCGCCAAUGUCACCUAGUUGGAUGGAGUCAAUGAAGUUUGUGACGAAGAUUAAGCUGUCCGAUUUCAUCAACUGUGUGGAACUGCCAUGUUUAGGGAAGCUCCCCUGCCUAGAAGCUCUGAUUUUGAGGAACUUCCCUAGUGUGAAGAAGGUUGGCUCUGAGUUUACAGGGAGUAGUAGCAAGAAGGUGGUGUUGUUUCCGAGGCUAACGAAACUUGGGUUUAUCGAUUUCCCAGAGUGGGAAGAGUGGGAGGAGAUUAAUGGAGAUGGCGAUGAUGGGGAAGAAGGAGGAGGGUUGCUGUUCAUGCCCGGGCUUCGAUCAUUGCGGCUCGACGGCUGCACGAAGUUGAGGAAGUUGCCGGAGGUGAUUGUUCGGAUGUCCAAGGUGGAGAAGGUGAUCAUGAUCCGUGAUUGUGAUUCUUUGGAGUAUGAGUAA